UCACAUUUGUAUUUUAAUAAAAUUAACAAGUGUGUUGGCUUCUAUCAUAUAUUUUGUUUGACAAGCGAAAUAGGCGUAGUGUGUCAGGCGAGCGUAUUCCAAAGUGCCGCCGGGCAAAAGAACCAUCUAGCUGGAGACGUGAAAGUCAAAUCGAACACAAAAAUCCCUCAGGAAGACCGCUAGCGAUAUUUCAAGGCACCGGGAUGAUUGCGACCAAUUGAGGUCACCAAAAUUUUAAGUAAAAACAAUUUCAAUAUAUAUUAGUGUAAAAGUAGCAAACCUCAUCUACCAAGAUGACUACAUACUUGCAAAAGAAGUCCCGAAUGUUUCGGGACAUAAACGAUCCUAUUCUACCGCUUCCCAUUCGAUCGGAAGCUCGGAUGAAAAGGUAUCCUUCCGCGACAGAUGCGAGAGCAUGGACCUUGGAAAGGGAAGACCGUCGACAACAUAUUCUUGAAUUGAUGCUGAGAAAUAAAGCAGUUCAACUUGGUCGUUAUAUUCCUAUGGAAGUCUUAAUUGAUACGUUAAUGUUAAAUAAAAACAUGGAAAUAGAUGAACUAAGGAGACAAAUUGAAGAGUUAAAGAAACUUUUGGAAGACUGCGAAAAGUUUUUAUCCCCAGAACAAAGAGCAGAAAUUGAUCGAUUGAAAGAUAAACUUGAAGAAGUGAGCGAUGACUUUGAAGAUUAUGGUGAAAGCACAACCACUCCUGGGACAUCGGGCAAGCAUGGUGCAACAUCGGGAAGCGAGUCUGAAGGCCCAGGAGGUUGGAAAGAUGGGAAACCCGGACCUUGGAAAACGGAAGACGGGAAAAAAGUCAAAGCGGGCGAUAAACCUGGAGAGUGGCGUAUGCAAACAGAAAAAGGAUUAAAACCUGGAAGUAAACCGGGAGAACUAGUCGAUGAAGACGGCAAUCCGGUAUCAGCGGCGGAGUAUACGGCUGCGGAUGGCUCGAAAAUAAGACCAGGUGGUUCUCCGGAUGAAUGGGUCAAAAGCAGUGAAGUUCCUCUUAAACCUGGUGGAGCUCCAGGAGAAUUUGUUAAACCGGAUGGAACUGUGGUGACAUCAAAGGAAUAUCUUUUAGAUCAUCCAGGAGGAGCAGGUGGACCGGGUGCUGGUGGACCGGGUGGUGGUGGACCCGGUGGUGGUGGACCCGGUGGUGGUGGACCGGGUGGUGGUGGACCGGGUGGUGGUGGACCGGGUGCUGGUGGA